GUCUUUAAUUAAUUGGCAUUAAAGGAAAUUUUGCUGCAUUCCAGCCUGAUUUUUCUUUCUUCAUUUACCCUUUCCUGUCACUUUUCCUUGCCCUAGGAGUUGAAGUUUAUGCUUGUUUCACGAAUGGGUUUUUGUUCUUUAAAUUUUGCUUGCUCAUUUAAUGUGCUUGUAGUUGGGCUUCAGAACCCCUGAUGUUGGUUUUUGAUGUUAUUUGGGAAAAUUAGGUUCCCAAGUUUAUAACAGAGGUUCCGUUUUAUGUUUUAUGGCAAGACUUUUCCCGGUUAACUGAUGAAUAAUCUUCUUGUGCUGAUUCUGCCAAAAUAUUUUCUCAUUAGCGCAUUUGGCCUUCUACAAGAAAGGGAGGGACGGCCAAUCAAAAUCUGACACUGAAGUUGGAGAUAUGUCUGCAAUGUGGCGACAAGGGAACAACUAAUGCCUUUGUUUACUGUGUCAAUUGUCUUGACUGUGUUUUGCAUCGCUACUGCAUGGAGGUAGUCACUUUCGAUGAAUAUGUUCAUUGGGUAUGUGAUGACUGCGAAGUGGUACUGCAAAAACAAUCUGCUCCCGAGAAAUGUGAUGCUGUCACAUGCAAUGAAGAGGAAUGUACAGUUUCAGAAGAUAUCAAAGUGUUGUCUGGAGAAGAACCGAAGAAAUGUGAUACGUUGGCAUUUGAGACAGAAAGGAAUGCUUGUGAAGGUGACACCACACCAAAAUCAUCCGCGACUUGUACAAAGAUUGGCUUGGCUGAAUGUGACAAAUCGGUCAGUGGCAGUACUUGCUCCAUUUUUGAAAAAGACCAGCAUGGACCUGGAAAGCAGAGAGAUCAAAACUGUCACUCCCGGCAAUCUUGUGAAUCAGAUAGUGAGCCGGGCAUGGGAGAGCAUACUUCUUUGGUGCACAAGACAUCUUUCAAAAAAAGGAAGAUGAAAAAUGCUGUGUUUUGUGAAGCCAAUUCAGAGGAGCAUGGGCGGAAUAGUAUUUAUGCUGAUCCGAAUAUAAGUAAUUCACAUGAGGAGGCUCCAAAAUAUCUCCCAAAUGUCUCCUCAGCUCUUGGUUGCCAAGAACCUGCACUACCUGUAAUUACACCAAUUUGGAGGGGAAGUUUUAACAUACAGAACAAAGAUAAUGGUAUGCUUGAUGAAUUUGUAGCUCACAUAUCCAGUAAAGCUUGCCGAAAAGUGUUUGAUGAGGCAAAUCAGUUUCAAGGAGUGCUUCACAUGGAAAUGCUUCCAAAGUCUCGUAUGUGGCCAAAGAGUUUUGAGACGUCACAGCCCAGCGAUGAUAGUAUUGCCCUCUAUUUCUUUCCAUCAGACACAAGGUACUCCUUUGAUAGUUGUUUCCUAUCUUUUAUGAUAUGUUUGGUAUGCUAGAUUUUUGCAUA